UUUUUUGUGGCUAAAAUGAAAUAAAUUACUAUUAAAAAAAAAUUAUAUUUUAAAACAUUCAACUACUUAAAAACUAGAAAAUUGAUUGUAACUUGCUUUCUUCACUAAAUUGUACCUAAAACCUCAGAUUACACACAUGGUGUUUGAUCCCUGACCUUUGACCUCUUGCAUUAGUGAACAGGUGGAGCUCAUCCAGAUUGGGAGAAAGGCUUCAGUGGACCGUCUAAAGAAUGGUGUUUCUCAACUGAAGUUAAAGGAUCAGAGAGCUCUCGGAUUUCAUCAAAAAUAUCUUCAUUUGUGUUCCAAAGAUGAACGAAGGUCUCACAUGUUUGGAAUGACAUGAGGAUUUUCUUCCAAAACAGGCUCGGCAGAACUCCUUAGAGGAGCAAAGGAAGUCGUCUCACUCUCAGAACUCAUCUCACAGUGCAGCCAAUCAGGGGAUGGACAGCCUGAGACAGAAUUCCAAAGUAACCAUUCCCAAACCGUUUCGCAUGAUGCUUCGUGAAGAGGAUCGCAAACGGCGCAAUGUGAAAACCCGCUCUGAGAUGGAGCUAGAAAAUGAGAGACUGAAGAAAGAACUGGACGAGCUAAAAGAAUGUAGCAAGAAGUUUCGCGCUAAACCAGCCCCCGCCUCCACUUAUUUGCUCUUCUAUGACAUUAUCAAUAAGCACCCAAAUAAGCUCCAGCGGCAAAAAAAUCAAAUCAACCAAACGGAUCACCAUGGAAACCACCACAAACAAGGCACACAACACCAAUCCCCAACUCUUCCACAACAGCCAUUUAGCUUCAUUGAAAGAGAGCGAAAGAAAAGAGAAAAAAAACUAGCGGAUGAGCUAAACAACCUGACUCCCAAAGCAGAACGAAGGGUGUUCAAAGCCAGACCCGUACCGAGGUCUCUAUAUAGGCCCAGCUCACCAACCUGCCAGAUAUAUGAGGCAGUUAAUCUGAAUCACAGAGGCUCAGCACUGCCUCCUAGCAUUCUGGAUGACACACUGCAGGAGGGAGAGGAAGCCGAGAAUGAGUAUGAGUAUGAGUAUGAAUUUUCAAGGCCACAGAGCACAGAUAUAUCACGCUGCAGCAACAACCUCAGGAAAUGGAGGAACAAGGCUGCACUGCAGGUGGAAGAAGAGAUGGAGAGAAAGAGGAACAGAGAAAGAGACAGAGACUGGUCCUACUUUCAUCCCCUACGCAGGACCAGUCUCUGCCACAGCCAAGAACCCCUGAACACCUGCAAGAGUGACUACAUCAGCGUUUAAAAACUGACACAGAUAGAAUAAACCACAGCCUACAAUACAAAAUUUAUCAUCAGUACUAUAACUCUAUAACUACAUGGUGUGAUAGAACUUGUUAGAUAUUGUUUUGAUUUUUCAUUGUGUUACUUUGGAGAAAAAAAAAAAAAUGUAAACAAUAAACUCAUAAUCCGAUUAUUUAAUAGUCUCUAUUACAUAUCUUGUCUUGACUGAACGUGUUUUUAGCUGGAUUUUAAAUGAUUGCAUCAAAUAACUGAAAUUACUUAGUGUCAAGUUCAUUACUUUGUUAGUAAUGCUUUUUUUUAUUGUUCCCUUUGUUAAGUUAAAUAUAUUAUCAUGUCAGUUUUAAAGUGAGAACACUUAAAAGGAAUAGUUCACUCUAAAAUGCAUUUCUGUCAUAAUUUCCUCACUGUCAUGUUGUUUCUAACCUGUGAUGACUUCAGUUCUUCUAUAGAACAUGGACAUGCAUUACCAUGCUGGUCAUUCUAGUGCAUUGCAAUUGAAGCCUUUAAUCUUUAAAAAAAAAAAAAAAAAAAAAAAAGCAUCAAUAAA